AGGCGGGUAGCAGGAGAAGCCUACUGGAGUGACAGAGGAGACCGCCAGGAGGCGGUAGUAGUCGUCCAAGAUGGCAUCCACGGCGACGACCACUGAGGGUGGUGGCGGCCUGCUGGAGCACGUAGCUGAGAACAUGGCCGAGUUCAUACGCAGGAACGAAACGGACGGCAGCAACGAGCCACUCAUGGAGGGAGAGGAAGAGGAAUACUUCCGGGCGGCAGCACCCAUCCUAUUUCUCUUUGUCAGCUUCAUACUCGGAACGUUGGUGCGUUUCCUGUUGAAGCGUCUGAACAUCCAGCUUCCGUACACGGUGGUGCUGUUCGUGUUCGGUGCCCUGAUGGGCCUGGUGUCGCGCCAGUACGAAUCCCUGCAGAUAUACACCUACCUGGCGCGCAUCGACCCCAAGCUGCUGCUGCACAUGUUCCUGCCCAUACUGAUCUUCGAGUCGGCAUUCGCCAUGGACGCGCACACCUUCAUGCGAUGCUUCACGCAGUGCAUACUCAUGGCCGUGCCCGGACUGCUGAUCUGCGCCGGACUGACGGCCUUCCUGUCGGUGAACCUGUUCGUGAGCUACGAGUGGGGAUGGCACAGCGCCUUCCUCUUCGGCUCCAUUCUCAGCGCCACCGACCCCGUGGCAGUGGUGGCUCUACUCAGGGACGUCGGCACGUCAAAGAUCCUGACCACGAUCAUCGACGGCGAAGCUCUGCUCAACGACGGAUCGGCCAUCGUCAUCUACGAGGUGCUCAUUGAGCUCGCCGUUCCCGGAAGAAGCAUGACAGCGGCCGACAUCGCGUGGAUGUUCUGCCGCAUCUCGUUCGGCGGUCCCCUGCUGGGCCUGGUGGUGGGCAAGCUGUCCGUGUGGUACCUGUCCAAGGUGUUCAACGACUCGGUCAUCGAGAUCACCAUCACGCUCAGCUCAGCCUACAUCACCUACUACCUGGCCGAGACCGUCCUCCAGGUGUCGGGGGUGCUGGCCGUCGUCGCACUGGGUGUCGUCAUCAGCGCCAACAAGGUCAGCAUCAGCCCCGAGGUCGAGGAGUUCGUCCACAGCUUCUGGGAGAUGCUGUCGUACCUGGCGAACACGCUCAUCUUCAUCAUCGUGGGCAUCGUGAUCACGGAGCGGUCGGUGUCCUACAUCGAGAAGAACGACCUCUUCCUCAUUCUGAUCACCUACAUCGCCAUCACCGUGUUCAGGUUGUUGAUGAUUGGCAUGCUGAGUCCGAUCCUGACUCGACUCGGCUACGGCCUCAUGUGGCAGGACGCCAUCAUCAUGACCUGGGGUGGACUCAGGGGAGCCGUCGGCCUCGCCCUAGCUCUGUCCGUCGCCGAGAGUCGAUACAUAGACAGGGCAAAGAUCGGCAACAAGAUCCUUAUCCAAGUUUCGGGCAUCGUAAUCCUGACUCUACUCGUCAACGCCACCACGACCAAUUUUCUCCUGAGGAUUCUCGGCAUGAACGCACUGUCGGCGUGGAAGCAGUCGAACAUGGUGAACGCGGUGCGCCACCUGCGCGAGGUGCAGAAGCGCUCGCUGCAAGUCCACCGCGAGGACGUGUUCCUGACGGACGCCGACUGGAAGUACGUCGAGCAGUACACUGCCAUCGGGAACCCGUACAACCCCAAGGACAGCGGACAGGACGCGGACGACCACAACCGGGCCUGCAACAGCGCCCUGCCCGCGUACAUGUUCCGCAAGCUGAGCCACGUGUCCCUCUGUCCCGACUGCUCGGAGCACCACCUGUGCCAGCCGUCGCAGCAGGAGAAGGACGAGAUGCUCAACGAGGCGCGCAUCCGCAUGAUCUCCGCCCAGAAGGUGCACUACUGGCGUCAAUUUGAGUCCGGCCUGUUGCUACGAGACAGCGCGUCUGUCCUCGUUUCAGCUGCCGAUGCCGUCGCUGACAAGCCUGACCAGUUUAUCACUGUGGAUGAACUGCGCAAGAACUGGGAGGUCAACAGGGUCUACAAGUGGUUGCAAGACCACUUCGUGGAGCCCGUGACGGAGAAGCAGGCGUACACGGAGACCCGCUGGCGCGAGAAGAUGCCCGCCGAGAUGUGGCGUCGCCCUUUCUUCGUGGCCACGCAGCACGCCACGUUCAACUUCGUGCUCACCCUGGUGCUCGCCGCCGACGUGGCCUGCACCAUCGCCGAGCUCGUGCUGCGCGUGGGAAGCUGCGGACAGUGCUUCGCCACCUGGGUGCUGCGGUGGACGAACCUCGGCUUCGUCACCUUCUACUUCUUCGAACUCGUCUUCAAGCUACUGGGUCGCGGACUUCGGGCGCACUUCAAGAGCUACUGGAACAUCGUGGACUUCGUCGUGCUGUGGGCCUCCGUGGCAUCGGCCGCCAUCGAGCUGGAAAUGGAGCUCGCCGGAUCGUGGUACUCGCCGUACAUCGUCGCCAUUCGGCUGUGCCGUGUCGUCCGGCUGCUCCACUUCCAUCGCCUGCUCCGCGUGUUCCUGCCAGUGGGAACAAAGGUGGCCGGUGUGGUGACUCAUCGCGUGAACGAGCAACUCACGGCUGGAUACGACAUCGGCCGUGGCUUCAUGAUGGGCCAGUACGAAGUCAGCAAGUUCUUGGACCACAUGGUGGACUACCAGCCAAUCGCCGAGAAGCUUCGCAAGAUUUGCGGAGACAACAGACUGGAGAUCGUCCGUGAGCUGGCAGCACUUCAGGAGAAGUAUCCCAAGGUGGCCGUGGCAGUCAAGACACGUCGAGCUGUGCGCCACGUCCUCAACACAACCCGUGAUGAGCUGAUUGAACUAAAAGAGGCUGGCAUGCUGGACGAUGGAGUUUUCCAUGCACUUAUGGAGUCCAUCGAAGAGAGAAUGAUGCGCCUACACUCUGCACCCACAAGCAUUGUACCAGCACCUCCCACUGAGCUGCUCAGAAAUGUCAACUGGAUCAAGGGCAACGAGGAAAUGUUCAACUUCUUCCAGGAGAGAGCAACGCUACAGACCUUCCCAUCUGGAUGGAGCCUAGGCAAAGAGGGCGACGAGCCAAGUGGAAUCUACGUCAUUGUUUGUGGUGUCGUCAAGGUGGAAGGCGCAGUGACCGAGAGCGACGGUGGAAGCCUACCCAACACCGACUCGUACCACUGGUUCUUGAGCGAAGGUCACCUUCAGGACCUGCUCACCGUGGGAGCCAUCCUGGGUGAGCUGGGAGUGCUGACGCGCAAGCGGCGGCAGACGCGCGCCACCUGCGACACGGACGUGCGGGCCUUCCACCUGAGCCAGGCGGUGAUGCUCGAGGCGCUGACGCGUUUCAACAGGCUUCCGUCGCUCGAGUACCGACUGUGGCGCAGCUGCGCGCUCAAGGUGGCUCGCAGCAUUCUCAGCUUGGAGCCCAAGUACGAGAACUGGUCUCAGAACAAGCUAAUGAUGCACCUGGAUCGUGCAUUCCUGCCCGACUUGAGCGCUGUCAACAGCUACCUGGUGCGACCGUCCAUGACGGACGUUAUCCUGGUCCAGGGCGUGGCGACUGACGUCAACAACUCGGACGAAUUCCUCGGACCUGUCUGCAUUCCGAGCACCGUCUACUCUAUCACUCUUAGGAAAAAUGUUUACAACGACCGCACCAUUUUGGUGAUUGUUGGAGACGAGAACUUCAUGCCGGAUGCCAACCUGGAUUGGUCUGGCACCGGUCAGCAGCGACGGGCCAGCAUCAUGAACAACUUCGGGCUGUGCCUGCUCCACGACGUGCGCCGAAGACAGUCCGUCAUGAUGGACCGAGGCGACGAGGAUGAAACCCGAGUGCGGUCAUGGUCGGACAACUUCCGGCGGCGGUUCAUGUCCAACGCGGACCCUUCCCAGCUGGCCCUUGGCAAGCGGCGCCUCUCUAUGUUCAGCGCUGGCGACAAGGUGGGCCUCGACAACCCGUCCUUUGUCACCGACAAGAAUGAGCACCACAACGAGGACAAGCCCAAAUCCUGGUCCGACAGAUUCCGGGUGCGCUUCGGUCCGACGGAGCCGGCGUCGGGUAACGCCAACAUGGGCGGCGGGCCCGACCGUAACAACCGGCGCAUGUCUAUGUUCUGUCGGAUGGAGCGGAUCGACAGCUACGGCAACGUGAAUGACCUGCAGAAUGAUUCAGUACCCAAGACACCCGAAAGACAGAGCCGGGCAAGCACCAAGAGCAAAGAAAGCAGUGUCAGUAAGGACAGUAAGGACAGCAAGGAGAGUAACAACAGCAAGGACAGCAACCCCAGCAAUGGCUCUUCCAGAAAGUCCGUGCCGGAGAUCGUGUUCAGCCACUUUUAAGCACGAAUCUAGGACACUUAAGGAAUGAACUGAGCAGUGCUAGCAUAAAGCUCUCACGCGACUACCAAGCGGCAUCACCAAUUGGAGGAUUUGGACACCGUAUGUGACGAUUAGUGGUGCGCAUUCGGACGAAAGUGGCGACAUCGCUCGGUGACUGUGUGCCCUUUGUGGAAGAACAAUUUGGCAGCUUCGUUGGCGGUUUGCAACCAUGCGCGAAUGUGCUGUGUAGAAGUAAGAAACGGUCACACCUCUCGUCGAAGGCACCGAACACAAAUGAGAACAGAGUGGUGCCGAAGUCAGAUGCGCACACAACUCAAUUUGUGGCAAGGACUGCUUUGUGACCUAGUCAAGGUCGGGAUAUGACACGCAGUCCACACGCUGACCGUGAGGCCUCGGCAUUUUGAGCUGGCAGGAUGUUUCCAACUCCCUGAUAAAUAAGUAGUUUUGCUUCAGUGUGCCAGAAGGCUGUUUUAACAGCCUAAUGAAGUUUUUCUAUGGCUGGUAAGAAGGCUGUUUUCAACACCCUUGUGAAGUAGUAGUGUUGCUACUGUGUGCAGAAAACAGUUUCUAACUCCCUGAUGGAGUUUUCUUACGGUGGGCUAGAAGGCUGUUUCCAACACCUUUAUGAAGGAGUAUGUUAGCUACUGUGAGCUGGAAAGCUGUUUCUAAUUUUUGGUGGAGAUUUUUUUUUUUUGUUGGUGAGCUAGAAGGCUAUUUCGGACACCCUUACAAAGGAGUAGUGCUAAAGUGUGCUGGAAGGAUCUUUUUAACAACCUUCAUGAAAGAGUAGUUUUGCUGAAGUGCACUUUUAACUGGCUAAUGAAGGUGUAGUUUUGUUACAGCGUGUUCGAAGGCUGUUUCCAACUUCCCGAUGAAAGGAGUUGGUUCUGCUAAGGUGCUUUGUUCACUAGGUGUAGCUACUUUCAAUAAACAUGCCUCAAGUGUAAGGACACGCAGAUCAAGGUCUCUAAAUUGAGACAUGCCUUCAGCAACAUUCUAACCAGAAAAGUGUGUCCAAGUCGGAAGUACUCACUGGCUGCCUUUGUUGAGACAUUUUCACAGAUGGUCCAAAUGCCUUUGAAAGCCUUUCAAGUGCAGCAAGUGCACUUUUUGAGCUUCUUAAAGCAACGAAUAAUUGUCCUGCUUCGAAGAGCACAGAUUGAAGUCGCCCGCUUUCAUGGCAACUUUUAAAUUUCUUUGACGAAUCCUGCGGAAAGCUCUUGACAUACUAUACCUCACACGUGACGGACAACUCGUGAUACAUAAUUCGUCCCGACUAUGUAUUCUCACUCAUCUACCGCAGAAGGAGAAUAGCUAGGGCUGAUCAAGCUACAAGGAGCCAAAUGGGAAAAGGACGGUGCUGGUCAGAUAGCUCAAAAGAGCCGUACGUGGUCACAGCCAGUGCCAAGGAGAGCUGCAACAUUUGUGCUAACGCAAAGAGUUCUAGAUGCCGUUGAUACAUCGGCACUUAAAGACUGCAGAGCAAAGAUGAACGCAUCUUUUGUUUACUUUUAUUCACUGCAUGCAUGCCUUUUGCAUAUGCAUUAAAGCAUUCCCAUUUUGGGUUAUUUGCGUAAAAACAUUCCACAACUAGACGCUUAAAGGACAACUAAAAACAUGAAAUUUGGCCAGGCUUCAACGUGUCCUAGAAACUGUAGAGCUUGCACCGUACAGAAACCUGUGCUUGUUACAUCGCUCAUUGUGUGGAACUAGUUGUCCAAGAAGUGAAAAUUUGGUGGCACAGUUCUGGAACGACAACGCACGAAUCCACACUUCUCUUAAGGCCACACAUGUAUCAUGGCAUCUCCGAGGUCACACGCAUUAUUCCUAGAGGAGCCCCGACAUGCUGUCCAUCAAAAAUAAGCACCCAAAGUUCUGAACGGCGAUCAGGCUCAACCUGAAGUUUGCUUGAAGCCUACAGCAUAGGUUCUAUAAAUAGUGAAUUUGCUAUACAACAUAGGGCCACAUUUUUUCGAGCAUUCAAUCUGACAUGUACCUUAAGUGAUCUGACACUGGCCAAUGUUUAUCUAGGAAGAGAAUUCAGCAACUACAGUGACCUUUUUUUUUUUUUUUUUUUUUGUCGUGCCAUCACACUGAUCCACUUAAAUACCAGGUGAUAUUUCAAACAAAAAUGGGUAGUACACCAUGCUAGUAACAUAUCUUGAUAAAAUUUGUACUUACCGGUUUAGCCAGUUAGCGAGCUCCGAAAGUCGUAUGACAAAAAGUGGCCAUUUGUAGGCAAUGCACAGCAUUAUCAAUACAGGAGCAUACAGUGCUGCGCUUACCUUCUUGAACUACAUCAUCGGCAUCUGUUAAAAAUCUACUGAAUUCUUAAUCCCAAUCAACAAAAACAAGAAAACAUUACAGAAAACAAGCUCAAAUUGAUGUGUUCCCGCUGUUGUUCCCUUUUUUUCUUUUUUUAUAAUCUCCAGCCAGUAUCUUGAGAGGUGGCAGUAAAACACUUACAAAAGGAAAUUGAGCAUUUACAUUCGCAGGUCAUACUGACUUAACUGUUCCCCUGGAUAGCACUUCCUCAAUGGAGUUUUCAUUGUCAAACCAAUCCUCAGUUCAUUUCACUUUAAGGGCUUCCGAAAAAGACAUUACACAAGGGACGGGUUAACAAAUUUCCACAUAAUUUACACAUUAUUAAUUUCAUAUAGAUUAAUUACACGUUGUUGAAACAAGGACGGGCAAGUAUUGGCAGCAAUGUCAGCAAGAAGGCCGUUCCAGUCUUUGCCAGAACGUGGGAUUAAUGAGGCAGAGAUAUCAUGUGAUAGUGACUGGCAAAACCAAACCACAUUAUCCGAGAAGCAAUCAAUUGAAAGUGGCAUCCGAAAAACACAUACGCUGCAAGUACUAGAUGGCUUGAACCUGGCAAAAAAAGCAGUGUUUUGCAAGCCACGCGACAGCACCGAUUGGCUGAAAAUGCACAAACAGAAUCGUCAGGGCUCCUCUUGGAAACAUUCUUUUGAGUCCCCGUUUCUUUCUGUAACAUAUGUUGUUAAGUUUGAUGUUUUUGUAGUUAUUUGUUUUGCAUUGUUCGUGCCCUGUUUGAUGUUUGAAAAGAUGCACAUUGUACUUAUUAAACUAUAUUACACAAAUAUGGAAA